AACGUUCCUGCCACCCCAGUAUUUCCUUCCUGUCACUACAACUGACACUCUUUGGUUCCAUGUCGGCUGGAGGACCAGAGCAUGCUCAAGUCUAGUUUAAGUAUUCAUCCCGGGGGUGAAGCCAUCAACAAGUUGUGAGAAGAAGACAGGGAUCGCCGCAAUUCCCAUCCACCAAGAUGUCUGGAAUAAAGAUGUCCCAGGAGAAGGAGAAAAUCUCCGUUCCCAUGGUGACGUUGUCCGUGCCCCAGGAACCUUACGCUCCGGGAUACUCUGCUUCCUACACCCCAGAGGCCUACACAUCACAGUCCUACAAUCCACAGAUGUAUGCCCCACAAGCCUACAGCUCAGAAUCACAAAGCUAUAAACAAUACACAUCAGAUCCAUACGCCCCUAAUGUUUCGGAGACUGAGCAUUAUCGCGUCACAGAUGCUUGCUGCUAUGAUGUUUCAACUCCACCUCCGUAUAGCUGUGAAGAGGUGCCUUGCGACACAUUAGGACCAGUCUGCAUGGACUCAUCCCCACCUGUUGUGGUGGCCGGGAUCUUCUCCAGUAAACCUGCGUCCACCAUCUGCCCCUGUUGCCGACAGAUCAUCACCACCGAGGUGGUCUUCCGUGUGGGGUGCCUAACCUAUGCCGUCUCGACCUGCCUGUGUUUGGUGGGGUGCUGCUUGGGCUGCUGUCUCAUCCCCUUCAUGUCCAAAUGCUGUAAGGACGUCGAUCAUUAUUGUCCCUGUUGCCGAUAUCACAUCUACCGGUAUAAAAGGAUCUAGCUGCUUAGAAGAACAGCCCACCCAGCUGUCUUCUUGGAAAUCAAAGGGGAGCAAAGGUGUUUCCAACUUGGAUGGAUUCACACAUUUGGAACUGGAUUGCACUAUGCAGGAUGGGCUCCCUAGUCUGUGGUGAAACCGGCUGGGCUCCGGUCAAUAUUGGCCUCCUUCAGCCUCCUAAGCAGGGAAGCGGCUUGCAGCCGGUCAAGGAUCUGCUCUAGGAUUUUCUGUAUUACUUUCCUGGUAUUUUGAGGUUUGUGAAUUAACUCUUGUUUUGGUUUUUCUUUUGUGAAUCUUUUGGUACGUUUCCUUCUCAAGGCUGCUCAAAUCCAUCUGUGCUUCAGUCACCACAUAUCUCCUCUGAGGACCAUGUCAACAAUGCACCAUUUUAUGUCCUACCAAGCAUCAAUGCACCAUUUUUCUCCUACCACACUUUUACAUGCUUUUUACUUCAUGCUGGACUGAGAAAUUCUUUGUUUUCCUCCUAACCCAACUUUCACUUGGUUGGAUAAAAGGAAACUUCUAAGAAAUCUCUCCAUUCCUUGGCCUGAAGGAGUCCCCAAACAGUGAAGAUGGAGUCCAAGGCCAGGAUAUCAGAGCCCCGCCCAUUUUAAUAUGCAUUUAAAAAGAGGGCGGGGCUUUGGUUGCAUGGUGAUGGUUGCCAUCUUGACUUUUUGGGACUGUCUCCAUGUAGACUAUCCUGCCUGCCCCUAUAUUUGAUAAGAAUUUGGAAAAACUGUUUGUUCCAGCUCGUUUGGGGGGAUUAAGUGUUAAGAUUUUGAUUCUUUAUGUGGACAGGGUAAUGACAAAGCUUUCUCAUUAGAUGGGAGAGCAGGACUUGUUCCUUGGAUGAUGCUCUAUUCUGUUGCACUGGUUAAAGAAAUGGUUCCUGUGUU